AGUCAGAAACAAGCAAACUAAUUCUCACCGAGGAACAGACAGUCGUGCCAGAGCAGGAGCUGCGCUUAGUUCACCUCCCUCUGACGCUCUUUGUGCAUCAACUAAGAAAAUCAGCAUUUUUUUUCCCUCCGCGCACGAGACCUGGUACCAACCAAGGAGCAGAGUUUUUUGCAUUUUGGAUAGGGGGCUGCAGACUCACGCACCCACACUUCUCCAAGCCGAGACAACUCAAGGUGAAUGCUGUCAUGCCAUUUGGGUGCCUUGCCCUGCGAGAUGGGCGGUCUUACGAUAGCAUAUCAGAUGUCACAGACAAGUAUGAGAUUGGGCAGGUCCUCCGAGCGAAGGAGUUCUGCGAGCUCUGUCUGGCCAAGGACCGACAGACUGACAAGGUGUUUGUCUGCAAGAAAUUCCUCAAGAAAGACGGCAGGAAAGUCCGCAAGGCUGCCAAGAACGAGAUCAUGAUCCUGAAAUUAGUCAACCACCCAAACAUCCUCCAGCUGAUUGACACAUUCGAGACCCGGAAAGAAUACUUCAUCAUCCAGGAACUAGCCACGGGAGGAGAUGUAUUCGACUGGAUUCUGGACCAGGGGAAUUACACAGAGAGAGACGCCUCCAAUGUCAUUAGACAAGUCCUGGAGGCAGUGGCGUACUUACACUCCCUCAACAUAGUUCACAGGAACUUGAAGCUGGAAAACCUCAUGUACUACACAGAAAAUAACCACAACAAAGUAGUGCUGCGAGAUUUCUACCUGUCCAGGUUUGAAAACGGGCCCAUCACAGAGCCUUGUGGAACACCAGAAUAUCUGGCUCCUGAAGUGGUGGCUCGUCACCGAUAUGGUCGUCCUGUGGACUGCUGGGCUGUGGGUGUCAUUAUGUUCAUACUCUUAUCAGGUAACCCUCCUUUUUAUGAUGAGACAGAGGAGGAGAACACAGACCUACACAACCGUAUCAUUUUCUGCCGGAUUGUCGCUGGUGACUUUGAGUUUGAUUCCCCAUACUGGGAUGACAUUUCACCUGCAGCUAAGGAGCUUGUCUGUCGACUCAUGGAGGUGGACCAGAUGCUGAGAAUCACUGCACAAGAUGCCCUUUGGCAUGAAUGGAUUGCAGGGAAUGGUGCAUCAGAGAAGAACCUAAAGGAUGGAGUGUGCGCCCAGUUUGAGAAAAACUUUGCAAAAGCCAAAUGGAGGAAAGCGAUCCGUGUCACCACCUUCAUGCAACGGUUGAAGAAUUCAGAGGCCCUGAUUGACAAUUCAGCUGAGGUUCAGGCUGGUGAAGAGGGAGGAGAUGGUGAAGGAGGAGUGUCCCAGGGGACAAGUGAUGAGGGAGACAAAGGGACAAGUGAUGGAGGGGUGACGUCAAGUAGUGUGUCUUUAGAAGUUACUGUCGAAAGUACACCAGCAGGUAUGGACCAGGAUGAGGGAAGGAGUAAAGCCACAGAAAAACAAGAUGAGGUGAAAGCAAGCAUCGGUCCAUGUGUAGGAACUUCACCGUCAGAUAUUCAGCAACCUUUCUGUCAGCAAUCAAACACACCUGCGAAGCUCCCCCAGGAGGAGCCAGGUAAGAUUGAUGUAAAGAAAGCAGCAGGUGAUGGAGCCAGAAAAAUGGCUGCCAAUUUGGGACAGAAUAAAGUUGCUCCCGAAUCUAAGCAGUCCCCAAUGAAGACACCUGAUCCCUCAAAACUGUCUGACAGUUCAUCUGACAAAAAACACGUUGCCCCCUCUCCUGAUCCGAGUGGCAAACGUAAGAUGGCCGCUACACUCCACAGUCCUCAUCUUACCAGCUCUGCUGCCAUUACAGCUUCACCAGAGAAGAGGCCAGGGAUGCAGAAGGAUGAAACUGAUGGAAGCUGGUGUCAGACACAAGUACCUGAGGCUGUGGCAGAAAGGUCAGUGGUAGCAACUGUCAGUCCAGCGAUAGGGCCUGCAGCCGGGGCAGAUGUAGGGCUUGGAGUUAGGUUAAGAGGUGAUGCUAGCCCCAUGAGUAGAAGGGACAGAGAGGCCAGGAGAGCAGACAGGUACAGUGCUGAAUUUAACAUGGCAAGACCAGGUCCCCCAACAGGACAGGCUUGUUAUACUAUUGGCAGCUCUGCUAGUUUGGGUCGUCACGCUACACCAUACAACCCAGACAUUGGGCCUGUCGGGAUGGGGAUAGCAGGGGGCUAUGGGAGUCCCUACAGCUCAAUGUAUACAAGUGGAGGGGGGUUGGCAAUGUAUGGGACUGGGCUGCAGCAUACAGGAGCCAGUAGCAGCACUACAAGCGACUGGCAAAUGGACAGUGUCAUCGAGCAGAUAGAAAAACAAAUGGCUGCUGUGCUGGAGAAGAUAGAAGGGGACAUGCCCUCGCUGCUGGAGCAAAUCAGUGACUGCCCCAUUGAACCACCACGAGCUCGGAGUACACACGCCUCACCUGCCAGCUCCCGUGCUCGAUCCUCACAGCAUCCAACAGCCGCGACCUCUGGCACUCCUCCACCGCUCCCAACCUCUCCUAGGCCUGCCCUGCCUUCUCUCCCUCGCCUUACUAUCCCUCCUCCCUCCUAUCCCCCACCUUCCCCGCCUACACAAUCCUCACCCCAGGCUGUGGGAGAGCAGGAUGAGAGGGAUGGACAAAGGGAUGCCACCCGCUCCAACCAGUCCCCUAGAGCCGGGAUAGGCAGGGGGCUAUGAAGCAGGUGUGAAGGAUUCAACAGCACUGAACACUGAUUUAUAGUUUAAACUUGAGGGUUUAAGGACUGUGUCACUCAGACUUAUCACUCACUUGGUCACAGAAAAAUGUAACCAUUGAUGUUGUUUAGUUUGGCUGUCACACACUUUUGACUCAAGCUAGUGGAGAGUUGUAUACUGAAUUUCCCAGCACAACAGCUGCAAGACAAAAACUGUCAAAGGUUUGUGUGCAUCUAAAACCAAGAUUGUGUGCAUGAAUGCUCACCACACAUCCUCCACACAUCCCGCUAAAUAUAAAUAACACAGGUGAGAACAGUGUGGUAAAGUUCUCAGCUAAUGGUGAGACUUAACAGCUGAGGAAGUGUUAUGAUUUGUGUUAUUCCUUUCAAACUGUAAAUACAUUCAACAGCUGGCUUCCUUAUUCUUGCUGUUUUCUCCCAUGUUGUUAACUUCCUCACAUCUACACUGAUAUGUACUUUUUUAAAAUCAGUUCUUCCCAUUUCAUUACCUGCUAUUUUCUUUAUGUAGCUAUGCAUCCUGCAAGGCUGCAAAGUCAUGAACUUGCAGUCGCAAAGUUGUACAGAGGGAUAUGGAAAAACUGAUGAAGGAUUUCUGUUGACUCCUGGAGAUUUAGAGAUGUAUCAUGGUGUAUUUAAACUUGAACUAACAUUAAAAGUCUUGUAAGACGCUUUACAUCUGGAGGGCUAGGGAUAAAACUUUAGAUAAAUGAUACUGUAUAAAGGCUUUUCAGAAACACGUGUAUGCACACAUUUUUUCCAAAGGGACCCAAAUGUUUUGCCUGAUAAGUUUGUCUCAUUUUAUCCCACCUUUGUUUCAUCAGGCAGGCCUACUGUUACAUGGACAGUGCUGUCUAUAUUUGCUCUGUUUCAACAUGUAAUAAUGUCUCUCUGAAAUUCAUUGGCCUAUGCUUUUGGAUCUAUGUGAUACUAGGUUAUAUACUGUUAUCCCCCAAAAGUCAACCCAUUCAAUUUUCUGUCCCCAUGUCAACUGUGCUCUGUUUGCAAGUCUUUCAAUAAAAGUUACAAAAAAG